AUCAUAGCAUCAAGUAUAGCCAAUAUGCCCGUCCCCGAAAAAUUCCCAGCGGCGGUGGUUCCUAAACCACGCGCACAGAAUAUCAUCUCUGAACGUACAUUGCAGCCUCUCAAACCAGGAGAAGUGGCCAUUAAAAUCACCGCGACGGCCAUCAACCCAGUCGACUGGAAGAUGCGCGACUACGAUGCAUUUAUCAGCGAGUAUCCUGCCGUCCUUGGUUCUGAUGCUGCGGGAGUAAUCGUCGAUACUGCGCCUGACGUAUCGAGUCAUGAUGUUGGUGAUCGCGUCUUCUUCCAGGGGAUCGUCGGCAACUACGACUCUUCUACUUUCCAGCAGUAUUGCAAGAUGCCAGCUGUGUUGGUGUCGAAAACACCGAAUUGCAUCACCGACGAGCAGGCCGCGGGUGUUAGUCUCGCGACAGUGGCUGCGGUUACGGCAUUCUACGACAAGCAAGGACACGGAAUGAUCCCACCGUGGGAACCACAAGGUCAUCAAGUCGGCAACGGCAAAGCGAUCGUCAUCAUCGGCGGUGGCUCGUCUGUUGGACAAUAUGCGAUCCAGCUGGCCAGACUGUCCGGAUUCUCCAGGAUCAUCACCAACGCAAGUCCCGCCAACCACGCGUUUCUCGAACGACUCGGCGCACACGUUGUUCUUCAUCGCGCGCAUUGUACCGCAGCGGAUUUCAACGCAGCUAUCUCCGGACUUCCAUUGGAAAUGGUGUUUGAUGCCAUUUCGAUCAAGUCGACGCAGGUGCUGAGUGUGCAGAUCAUCCAAUGCAAGCGUACUGCCGGCGACGUGGUGACGGUGCAUGUUGUCAAUCCAGAGACCGUUGAUCCUGACGCUGCAGCGUUGAGUCGAUCGACAGAGCAAAUGGUUGAGAUCAAACAGGUGCUGGGGCUUGGUAGUUCUCCAGAGCUGCGCUAUCUCAGUGAGCCUAUGGUGAAGCAUCUUGGUGGUGAAGAUGGGUGUAUCGCUAGGCGUCUUUUCAUUCCAAACAGAGUGCGUGUGAUUCCUGGGGGACUGAGAUCGGUUGAAGCAGCACUUGCGAGUAACAAAAAUGGUGUUUCGGGUGAAAAGAUUGUAUUUAAGCCUUGUGAAGAGUAAUUAAAUACAUGCCGAAUUACUCUCGAUCAAUCUCAUAAAAUGUUCAGUUAAUACAUCCACUACUUCCAAAUCUCCACCUCUCCUCCUCCUCGAAGAGCAGCUACUCGCAUCGUGGCAAUCAUAUUCCUCGCCGCAUUGGAAUGGUCAUACACGCCCCCAUUAAACGCAGAUGUUGCAUCCUUGCCUAUGAAAGAUCGAAUAAUAGCCUCACCCCCUGGAUGGUCUUCUAUAAACCUAUCCACACCAUGAAUUACCCCUUCAACAGCCACCAAUGCCUUGCCCUUCCUGACUUCCUCCUGGAACUCC